CUAUAAUAUCAGGUCACUUGACACGUGUCAAAACCUGAUUGGUCCAAAAAAAUUUCAAAAAAAAAAAAAGGGAAAACUACCCAGCUACCCCUUCCCCCACCGAUCCACCGUACCCUAACCACCACCACCACAUCCCUGCACGCCACCCCACCAUACACCCUAACCUCCACCACCAUAGUCCAUCCCUGUUAAGAUAUAUACUUAUCUUAUAUAUCUUUGACCAUGUAAAUGUAUUGUUUCCUAGAUUAGUGCCUAGUAUAUUUCGUAUAUAGCUAAUCCCUAGUUUAUAGCAUUAAUUGGUGGCUUAACUUCAGCCCUUGUACAUUAUAUAUUUUGACAGUAAUGCAAAUCAAUACUCACGAAUUAGAAUUCCUUCAUGGUGUCAGUUGCUUAGGGUAUUUUUUCCGCUGCACUCUUUCAUCUUGUUCCGCCAUCUCUUCUCUUCUCUGUUCUUCUCUUCCAUCUAUCUUCUUCUCUUCUCCUCAUUCACAGUUCAAUGUCGGACAACAAGAGUUCUUUUCACCCGGCUUUUGCUGUGUCUAAUAUCAAAAGCAACAUCCCCAUUACCCUUGAAAUGGAGAACGUUGCAUAUUAUACUUGGGCGGAACUAUUCAAGGUACACGCUCGAUCUCACAAGGUUCUCAACCAUACUAUUGCUCCGAAGACAAAGGUCGCUGCCCCUUCAACCGAUGCGGAUAAGGAGCUCUGGUUGACUUUGGACGCAACGGUUCUUGGGUGGAUUUAUUCCACGAUUUCUAGAGACCUGUUAAACACCAUUAUUGAACCUGAUUCCACAACAAUGGAGGCUUAGGAUCGUUUGCGUGACAUCUUUCAAGACAAUCAGAAUUCUCGUGUUGUGGCUCUUGAACAUGAGUUUUCUAACACUCAUAUGGAAGAUUUUCCUAACGCUUCAGCGUAUUGUCAGAAUCUUAAGAGCCUCUCCGAUCAAUUGAAGAAUGUAGGGGCCCCGGUAGACAACAACCGUCUCGUUCUUCAAUUGGUUUCGGGUCUAACCGACUCAUACAAUGGUGUGGCUACUUUGAUUCGUCAGAGCAAUCCACUACCGCAAUUUUAUCAGGCCCGUUCCAUGCUUACAUUGGAAGAGGCAGGUUUAGCAAAGAAGGCGGCGUCAGCCACGGCCAUGGUGGCAGGUUCGUUGCGAGACGCUAAUUCAGGGAGUGAGUCUGGGACUUCCCGUAACAAAAAUAAAAAUCCAAAAAAAUCCGGCAACCGCAAGCACACUGGCAGUAGUGGUCGCGGCUCCGGAAUCGGCGGACAAAACUCCGGCGGAGGUCAGACCGGCGGCAGUGGACGGGGUCACCACCACCAGCAGCAGGGGUGGAGUGGUUCACCUCCUUCGUGGCAGCAGCAGUACAAUUGGGGUUGGGCACCAUGGGCAGCCCCACCAUGUCCUUACCCAAAUCAAGGUUGGGCUCCUCGUCAACAAGGCCCAAUCAGACAGCAGCAGUCCGGUCUCUUGGGCCCGCGUCCUCACCAGGCCUAUACAAUGUCCCAGCAGCCCAUGCCGUAUGCUCCAACUGAUAUUGAAUCGGCUAUGCACACCAUGACAUUGAGCCAACCCGAUCGUUCGUGGUAUAUGGACACUGGUGCUACCUCGCACAUGACAUCCUCUAAUGGAUUAUCGGACGGGGAUGCCAAUAAUGAGAUGUGAUAGCCAAGGGACCUUUAUCCACUCACUAGCACUUUUUCAAGUUCCACUCCAUCAACCUUUACUGCUUUAGCUUCUUCUUCUUGGCAUGAUCGUUUGGGACAUCCGGGCUCUUCUAUUUUAAAAACUCUUAGUAGUAAUAAAAGCAUUGAAUGUACUCAAAAUCCUAAUGCUCAUGUGUGUCAUUCUUGUGUACUUGGAAAACAUGUUAAGUUGCCUUUUCUUUCUUCUAAUACUACUACUUCUAUGCCUUUUGUUAUUGUUCAUAGUGAUCUAUGGUCAUCUCCUACUUUGAGUUCUUCGGGACAUCGUUAUUAUAUGCUUAUU